AUGGCCAACAAACCAUCCUCCAAGAAGACCAAAGGCACAUCUUUCAAAUCGUCCAUCUCGGAAAUCCCCGCGCCAUUCGCCAAAGCCCCGCCGUCUCUCUCUCGCUUCCUCGAGCGCCUCGACCCGAAAAAAGUCCACAUCACACACAUCGACCGCACGCGAAUAGACCAUAAGAAAAAUGUCUUCCUCAUCCCCGUCAUGCUCAACGGCGUCAUCGCCCUGCUGCUCCUUUGGCGGCUUUACGUCGCCGUCCCUACAUACUGGAUUCUCUUCCAGACCCUUCUAGGCUACCUCACGCCUGCCACAGUAGACCCAAUCUCAACAACACGAAAACAGCAAAUCUACAUCCUUCUCCAACGAACCGCAAUGUUCGCUUUCGACUUCUUUCUCUUUCGAUUCGUGGGACCGUGGCCCAUCACCUUCUUCGCGGAACAGCCUGCGAAUCCGUGCUAUUGGAGGUGGAUGCUGGGAUUUCAAAAGGAGGAAGUCGUGGUGAGAGUUAGUCGAGGAUGGGGCACCGAGGAACUCAUGAUGGGAGUGAAACAAGGACAAGAGAAUCCUUUCUUCAAGACGAGAAUUCUGCCUGCUAUUGAACCCGUUUUCAUGCAGAAGACGGGCUACUUAAUGAUGGAUCGGAGCUGGGAUCUGGAAUUUGAGCUCAUGGUUGACUCCCACUUUCUGGCCUUUGAAAAGGCCUUUAGUCUCGAAGAGUUGGACAAGAUGGUCUUUGCAUUCUCGGAUGGCAAUGGCUGGUUAGCUUGGAAGUGGGAGGGCGAAGAUGUCGUGGAGGGUAGGAGAAAGAAGGUAGUGGCUUUCAAAGAAAAGCUCACGUCUCUGGGAAAGGAGAGCCUGUUUUGGAAAUGGACUGAGAUUGUUGAGGAGGAACGCGAAGCCGAUGGGAGCUUCUCACCAGAGCGGCAAGAAAAGGUCGCCAUGAGGGUUCAAAAGGAGUUUGAAGAGAAUGGCGUGGACUUUGACGAAGUGAUCAAGAGCAUUGGAGGAAUGGGCGAGGUUCCUGUUGUUCCUAGUACUGGCUAG